AUGGUUCUAGCUGUCCUACUGUCCUUGUCGUCACUGGCGGUGGGUGCGGCCAUCGACAAGCGUGCUGUCCCAGCUGGCUAUGUCGCUGCUCCGUCGUAUCCUGCGCCGCAUGGUGGAUGGGUACCGGAAUGGAGCGACAGUUUUCAAAAGGCAGCGAAAGUUGUGGCAGGCAUGACUUUAGCUGAGAAAACCAAUAUCACAGCUGGCACCGGCAUCUUCAUGGGACGAUGCGUCGGCAACACGGGCAGUGCUUUAAGAGCUGGGAUCCCUCAACUUUGUCUUCAGGACGGUCCGCUGGGCGUCCGGAACACCGACCACAACACGGCUUUUCCAGCAGGUAUCACGAUCGGCGCCACCUUCGACAAAGACCUCAUGCGUCGGCGUGGCGAGGCCAUUGGCGAAGAAUUUCGAGGAAAGGGUGUCAAUGUCUACCUGGGACCAUCCGUGGGACCGCUUGGUAGGAAGCCAAGAGGAGGGAGAAAUUGGGAGGGUUUCGGAGCAGAUCCUGUGCUUCAAGCGUACGGCGCUGCCCUGACUGUAGAGGGAGUUCAGAGCACGGGCGUCAUCGCGACAAUCAAGCACUGGAUCGGAAACGAGCAGGAGAAGUACAGGAUGUACAGUCUCAUCCAGGAGGGCAUCUCAUCGAAUAUUGACGACAGAACUCUGCAUGAGCUUUACGCGUGGCCGUUCGCUGAAGGUGUCCGAGCUGGCGUUGGCUCAGCCAUGAUUGCUUACAAUGCGGUCAAUGGAUCCGCGUGCUCGCAGAAUAGCUACCUCAUCAACAACAUUCUUAAAGAUGAGCUUGGUUUCCAAGGUUUCGUAAUGUCAGACUGGUUAGCCCAGAUCUCUGGGGUACCAUCAGCUCUCGCUGGACUGGAUAUGUCCAUGCCUGGCGAUAUCCAUACCGUGCCUCUUGCCACCGCCCAGUCUUACUGGAUGUAUGAAUACUCGAGAGCCAUCUUGAACGGCUCCGUGCCCGUGGACCGGCUGGACGACUCUGUUACUCGUAUCCUUGCCGCCUGGUAUCAGAUGAGACAGGACAAGAACUACCCCGAGCCUAACUUCUCCACGAAUACGCAGGAUGCUGAAGGAGACCUCUACCCUGGAGCUGCCCCGGGCUCACCUAAAGGUGUUGUCAACGAGUUUGUUGACGUCCAAGCAGAUCAUGCGGUAGUGGCAAAGGAAGUAGCUCGGGAUGCUAUCACGUUGCUCAAGAACGUCAACAGCACCUUACCGUUGUCCCUUGGAGCAACUCUUAAAAUCUUUGGGACAGAUGCGGAGAAAAACCCUGAUGGCAUAAACGCCUGUACGGAUCAAGGAUGCAACAAGGGCACUCUUGGCAUGGGUUGGGGAAGUGGAUCCGCUCGCUAUCCGUACAUCGACUCGCCCAUUGAUGGCUUCAAAUCGCGUGGCGCAAACUACUCCUUUUACAACAGCGACUCUUUCCCGUCGAACUCGAAUCCUUCAACGAGCGAUGUUGCGGUCGUGUUUGUAACCGCGGACUCUGGAGAGAACUACAUCACAGUUGAGGGCAACAACGGAGAUCGAGAUAGUUCAAAGCUCAACUUGUGGCAUAACGGCGAUAACUUGGUUAAGGAUGUUGCUGCUAAAUACUCUAACGUCGUGGUCAUUGUGCACACUGUGGGCCCCAUACUCUUGGAACAAUGGCAUGAUCUGCCUUCCGUCAAGGCCGUUCUGUUCGCACAUUUGCCGGGUCAAGAAGCUGGCGACAGCUUGAUGCAAGUCCUCUACGGCGAUGUCUCGCCGUCAGGCCAUCUCCCGUACACCGUCCCAAAAUCGGAGGACGACUACCCCAAGAGCGUAUCGCUGGUCAGCGAUGUGGUAUUGGUUCAGCCUCAAGACACAUUCACAGAGGGUCUUUACGUUGAUUAUCGACAUUUCAACAAAGAAGGCAUAACUCCACGUUAUGCCUUCGGACAUGGUCUCAGCUACACAACAUUCUCCUUUUCUAGCGCAACCAUCACGCCAGUGACCACAUUGACCUCUACACCUCCAACGCGUCCCGCGAAAGGCAGUACCCCAACAUACUCGACCGAGAUCCCGGCAGCGUCAGAGGCAUAUUGGCCAGACAACUUUAAUGCCAUAUUUCGCUACAAAUACUCGUUUCUGGCUAAGUCAGAUGCCGACGCAGCCGCUAAAAUUGGAAACUCCACCCAGAAGUAUCCUUAUCCGGCCGGCUACUCGAACGUACAGACGGCCGGAGUCGCAGCUGGUGGCGCACAAGGCGGUAACCCAGCUCUUUUCGAUGUCGCGUACGAUAUUUCAGUCGUUGUUAAGAACACCGGAAAAACGAAGGGAAAAGCAGUCGCACAGCUCUACGUACAAUUCCCGGCUGGCAUCUCUUUCGACACCCCGAUUAUUCAGCUACGAGACUUUGAGAAGACAAAAGAGCUGGCUGCGGGUGAGAGUCAGACUGUGAAGCUGCGCGUCACGCGUAAAGACCUCAGUGUAUGGGACGUGGUGAGCCAGAACUGGGUCGUUCCGAACGUGAGUGGGGAUUAUGGCAUUUGGAUUGGAGACGCGAGCGACACGUUGACGUUGAGGUGUGGGACUAAGGCGGCCACGUGCGUAGGAGGUCAGACGAGCCCAGUCUAG